GCCAGAUUGCUGUCGGCAGUGAACGAUUUGCGCUGAACCAUGGUGCAGCAUGCCGCCGCCUCGACUUCGACGCCCCGCGCGGGCAUGUCGCCGGGCGACUUUAUGUUUGGCAUGGUGCUGGGCCAAGGCUCGUUCGCCAAGGUCUACCACGCGCAGUUCAAGCGCACGAGCGCCAACUUUGCCAUCAAGGUCAUGGACCAAGAGUUCAUCAAGCGCCACAAGAAGGUGCCCUUUGUCGUCAUGGAGCGCCAGGUCAUGUCCAAGCUCGCGCACCCCAACAUCGUCAAGUUCUAUUGCAGCUUCAAGGACGACGACAGCUUGUACAUGGUCAUGGAACUCUGCCGUGGCGGCGAGCUCUUGCACUUUAUCUGCAAGGAGCGCGACCAGUACCGCAAGCAAGGCAUCCAGGACCAAGCUUGCUCGGCGUCUGUCACGCAGUUUUACAUGGCGCAGCUCGUGUGCGCGCUCGAGUACAUGCACUCGAACAAUGUCAUCCACCGCGAUCUCAAACCCGACAACAUCCUCCUCACCGAGCAAGGGCAGCUCAAGGUGACCGACUUUGGCACAGCCACCACGGGUGACAACCAAGAUGAAAACAACAAUUUUUGCGGCACGGCCGAGUACCUCUCGCCCGAGGUGCUCAAUGACCUGCCCGCGUGCGUCGGCAGCGACCUCUGGGCGCUUGGCUGCAUCAUCUUCCAAAUGUUUGCGGGGCGCCCGCCAUUCCGCGGCGAGAAUGACUACUUUACGUUUCAAGACAUUUUGACCCACGACAGCGACACAAUGGAGUUCCCUGCAACAUUCCCGGAACCUGCGCGGGACCUGGUGCGCAAGCUCCUCGUGCGCGACCUCAGUAUGCGCCUGACCGAGUACGCGACGAUCAAGGCGCACCCGUUCUUUGACGGCAUCGAGUGGGAAGCAGUCGCUACGACCCGCAGCCCCGUGACACCGGACGUCGCGACGCUCCCGACACCUACGAUCGACGGCGCAGCCCCCAACUGGUCGAUCGCCGGAGCCUUUACGGACAUGGCGAGCCCGUUUGCCGAGUCGGACUUUCCGCUGCCCGUCGCAACACGCUCGUACGCUUUGGACAGUCUGUCGCAAUGACAAGAGAGAUGUGUGUAGCUCCAACCACAACAGCUCGCUGCGCAACAGUGCGACGACCGCUCACAGCGGUCUCCUCGACAACAACGAGUCGGUGCUCUUCCAGUCCGAAGUGAAAUUGCACGCAGCCAUGUUCAUGAAGAAGCCGCGAGACCUUCUCUUCACGUCCAAAGGCCGCCUCAUCCUCAUCGACGCCAAGACCAACACGCACGACAUCUUCCAUUGGGACGUGCGCUACAUGCGCGUCGUGCCCAAGGGCGACUCGACGUUUGAGAUUCGCACGACGUCGUCGUCGUUCAAGAUCACCGACCCGACGCAUGGGUCCCACCACUGGGUGCAAGUGCUCACAGGCUUCACCAAGCGAUAGAAGAAGAAUGUUGCUGUUUGUGUAUAUCAAUCAAAAUCGGUUAAAACUUGG